AUGUGGAGGAGACCCCCAGGUUUCGGGGUCUCUCCCCCGGUUUCGGGGACUCUCCCCGGUUUAGGGGUCUCUCCCCAGUUUCGGGGUCUCUCCCCCGGUUUUGGGGUCUCGCCCGGUUUUGGGGUCUGUCCCGGUUUCGGGGACUCUCCCCGGUUGGGUCUCUCUCCCGGUUUUGGGGUCUGUCCCGGUUUAGGGGUCUGUCCCGGUUUCGGGGUCUGUCCCGGUUUUGGGGUCUGUCCCGGUUUCGGGGUCUCCCCCCGGUUUCGGGGACUCUCCCCGGUUUCGGGGUCUGUCCCGGUUUCGGGGUCUCUCCCCCCAGUUUCGGAGUCUGUCCCGGUUUCGGGGUCUCCCCCCGGUUUCGGGUCCCGGUCUUUCCCGGUGAUUCCCGAGGGGGUCCUGGGGGGCUCCCGGUGGUCCCGGUGUUUCCCGGGGGGGGGAGUCCCGGUUGGGUCCCGGGGCUGA